GUAGCAGAAAGUUGAUUCAUUGAUUUCCAACAUCUCAUGUUCACAAUGCAUAAAAAGAAGUGUGGACCAAGGCCAGGUAUGAAGACAACACGGUGCAAGAAAGGUUGUGGUGCCAUCUAUAAUGUUGACAGAUACUCAUGCCCUGCAAAAGGCACUUUCUUCUACAGUGAAAAGCAACCUGUGAUAAGUUCAUCAAACUGUGUCUAUUUGACAAGAGACGUUCAUGAGCUCCUCUGCGAAUCUGGAAAUCACGCAUUUGUUUCCCAUCAUGUCUUCUCAGAAAUUUACAACUCCCUCUUCUCAAAUUGUGUGCAUACAAAUGAAUUCAGAAAGUGGUUGGUUUCUAGAAAAGAAGAGUGUGCAGAUCUUAAACCUUGCUGGGCGGUAUGGUUAUAUGAAGUUGGUGAAUGAGUACGUUCAUGAAACGAUGAUUCCAUAUUACAAACGCCAGUUGUCUAGUGCCACACUACCGAGAGAGCCAAAUGUACAAGCCCCAACAAACAAUGAUGUGCAGUCUGUGAUUUAUGUAGAGAAAAUCACCACAAACACAGCUGCAAUCAUCAAAGGUGGAUCUGUUCUGGCAGUGGAUCAGUCUAUAAUAAGGGAGAUAGAUACCAUCGGCAACUAUGGGGCAGUCCGAAACAAGCCAACAAAGAUUAAUGGAAGGACCAGAAAAAUGGUACAUAUCCCUACCAGGAACCUUCAUCCAGACCUUGUCAGAGGUAAUAAUCAAAAUUCAUUACCUUAA